UUACGUUCGCUUAGAAAGAAUGCUCACGUUGUACUUGUCGCUUUAGUAAGGAAAAGCCUUGUGUUGAGAAACGAAAAAGAUGUUACGUCCAUUUUAUCCAGUGGAUUUAAUAAGAUAAUAGUUGAAACAUGCAACAAAAACGUAUGGAUCAAAGAGUUACAACAGUUAGAAAAAGAAGAUGUAGCUAUGCGAUCAAUUUUAGCACAGCAAGACGCAGUUUUAGCUGCACUGGAUAAGACCAAAGACCUCGUCAUCAUUACCGACCUCAAACACAACAUUCAAUAUAUGAAUAAGUCGGGAUCGGUGAUUUUGGGAUACGCCGCAGAAGAUGUGAUAAGCAAACCGCUGGCUGUAUUCCACCAGUUGUGUGACAUCGACCAAAUUACCAAAAAGCUAGAAAAAAACAUUGAAUGGGAUGGUAAAGUAUCAUGGAAGUGCAAGAGCGGAGAACACGUAUACCUCCAUUGUCGAGCUUCCCCGUUUCGACCGUUUGGCAAAGAAACAACGAAUUACAUCUAUAUACAAGAAAGUAUUGUAGAUGCACAUGGUUUUCCAAGAGGAAGUGUACCAUCCAUUCGUAAAGGAUCAUAUGACCUCAAGUCUAUUAACAGCGAUGAUUUUUCUAUAAUAGGCGCACAAUCAGCUCGAAGACAGAGUUUAGCGAAAUUGCAUAAUUUGCCACUUGAAGCGCCAAUCACGAAAGUAAUAUCAUUGAUAUGUACCGCUCAAGAAAACUCAAACGACCAAGUCGUACAAAUUUUGGAUAAGGUUGUUGAUAUAUUGCGUGUCACUGAACUAUACUCGUCACAUUUAAAAACCGAAAAUAUCAAAUACGAUGAUCCCGUUACGUCAGAUCUAAUUGGAGCUCUUAUAACGCAAGGGCCUGUCCACGUGACAUCCACUCGAAGAAGCUCUAAUGAUUCAGCGACUGUUAAGAAUCAACCUUACGGUUUGAGUAUUGCUAAAAUGAAUUUUAUGACAAGUGUAACUCCUCAAAUCAAAGAACUCUUGGAUAUGUCUCUGUAUUGGGAUUUCAACGUAUUCAAACUUGAAGAACUUACUAUGAAAAGGCCUUUGGUACAUCUGGGAAUGAAUCUACUGACACACUUUGAAGUACACAAAACAUUAGGUUGUGAUGAACGAACAUUGCACGCCUGGUUAACUGUGAUCGAAGGUCAUUAUCACGCUAAAAACACUUACCACAACUCUACACAUGCUGCCGAUGUUCUUCAAGCAACAGCCAUGUUUUUAGAAAAAGAUCGUAUAAAGAGGCUUUUGGAUCAAUUGGACGAGGCAUGCUGUUUGAUCGCAGCAAUCACACACGACAUCGAUCAUCCAGGAAAAUCAAGCGCGUUCUUAUGUAAUUCCCAAAACGAUUUGGCUAUCCUAUACAACGACAUAAGCGUUUUGGAAUCUCACCACGCCGCUUUAACGUUUAAACUCACUACCAAAGAUGAACGGUUGAACAUUUUUAAAGGUCUGGAAAAAGACACGUACAAAGUGGUGAGACAGAACAUUAUUGACAUGAUAUUGGCUACCGAAAUGACGAAACACUUCGAACAUUUAGCCAAAUUCGUGAGCGUCUGUAACAAACCAUCGACACUCGACGAAGCGCCCGUUGAUGGAUUAACCCCUAGCGAAGUAAGCCCUGAGGCUAUAAUGCCUACCAGUGCCGAGGAAAUAAAUCUGGUGAAGAGAAUGUUAAUCAAAUGUGCAGACGUUUCUAAUCCGACAAGACCACUCAAGAUGUGCGUAGAAUGGGCCAAACGGAUUGCCGAGGAAUAUUUUAAUCAAACUGACGAAGAGAAACUCAAUCAUUUGCCAGUGGUUAUGCCUAUGUUUGACCGAUCGUCCUGUUCCAUACCAAAAUCGCAAAUCGGCUUCAUGGACUACAUCAUAAACGACAUGUUUGAGACGUGGGACUCGUUCAUAGAUAUGCCGGAGAUGUUGUAUUACAUGAGGAGCAACUAUCAAUACUGGAAGGAUCUGGAGGAAAAAGGAACGAUCAGCUUUAACGACAUUUGCAAAAUGAUGACCACCACCUUACCAAAAAUACCAGAGUCCAGUGGCAACCAAUGAGAACAAUUAUUGUCGACGUUCUACAAACUGCUGAGUCCACUGUGUUUUACUGGACAUAGCGGUCGACGGAUAAAAUAUUUUUGAAUCUAUUUAAAUUGAAAAUGUUGAAUCUAUUCCGGUAAAUAUCUGUUACGAAAUUUUUCCGACGAUUCCAUCUUUCCAUCGAUGUCACAUUGUGGAAAUAUUGUUUUUUAAGAAUAUUUAAUUUUCAUAUCGACUGAACAUUUGAGUAAAAAUAAUAAACAGAUGCAAUGUUUAUCUUUAUGUAUAUAAUAUGAUUCUAUUUUACUAGUGUAUAAUAUUGUACAUACCAUUAACUUCAAAUCGAGCAGGUUUUUUUAUUAUUAUUAUUACGAUUAUUGUUUUAUCAUCUUUGAUAAAUAAUGUAAGUCUUAUACGCUAUUUUUUGCGUUUUAUUAUAGAAUAUCUUCGGUUUACGUGAAAUCAAAUUUAUAUACUAUUCGGUGUUAAUAAAUUAUUAUUAUACAUUAAAAUUUAUUUUAGCCUAUAGAAUUCUCGCCAAUACUUAAGGUACCUAAAAUAUUAUCACGAUAAUUUAUUUUUGUUACCAUUAAGAUUAACUAAAGACUAUUAAUAUUAUACUAUAAUAUAUUACUUAUUAUGAUGUAUUUAAAAAUACAUACGAAAAAUACUAUUCUAUUUGCAAACAUUUUGGGCGCUUCUUAAUGGUACUAUGUAGUAUGUGUUUAUUGACAAAAAUUUUUAGAUUUUGUUAGUACAUAAUUGAUGUUUACAAAUGAGAUUUAGUCAUUCGUGUACAUUAUGUUGCGUAUCCAAACACCUUAAAUUCCCAACAUUUACAUCAUUUAUGACGUUACAAUUACAAUAUACUAAACACAUUAGAAAUAAUCUUAUGAAACAUUAUUAUUUUGAAUUCUUUCCAAUCUUAUUGACUUCAAUUUCAUAAUUUAUUAAAAUGCUUUUACUGUUUUAUUAAUUACAUGAGCCCCAUUCUCAUUCAUAAUUCUAAAACACGAACUAGUUAAUUAACCUUUUCUAUUUUAAAUUUUUA